AUGCGGCGCGGCGCGGGCGGCACGGCGACUCGGGGCUAUGGGGGGGGGGCAGGGGGGGGGGGGGGGGGGGGGCGGGCGGCGGGGGCGGGCGGCGGCGCUGCGUGGAGGGGUGCGCCGCGGCACGGCAGUCUCGUGCCGGUAGUCGGUAGUGCAACCGAGCGACUCCGGGAGCCGUCCCCGCCGCGUCGUCGCUCGCUCGUAGUCGUAGUGCGCCCAACGGCCCGCCCCACGCCGCCGGCGCUCAAAUCCAUGGAAACCCAGAGCCAGGAUGCCGCCCACAGCCCCGCCGAGGUGCCCAACGACCCGGGGAAGAUGUUCGUCGGGGGCCUCAGCUGGCAGACUAGUCCAGGUACGCAAGUCGGCCGCAGGCCACGCUCCGCCCACGCCGCCGACGGAAGUGCACCCGAUGCACUCGCCGCCGAAGGCCUACCGGCGCCC